AACUACGAGUGUAAAGCAUCGUACGUGAGAUACACACGACUUUCCCACGAAGAGUUGAGAGAAUCCUUGGAAUAUGUCAUCGACACUGAAGACGAGGCAUGGUUGAGGAAUAAUACUAGAUUUGGUAGUGCGUCGGUUGUGGUGGAAGAAGAUCCAUGUAAAGCUGUAUCCGUAMUGGAUGAGGAUCCCGAAGGGCAGUCAAUGCCAUCAGGAGUUAUCGACGAAAAGAACCAAUCUUGUACAACACAGACACAAGGGGGAAAUCCAAAGAAGGAUUCAACGAAACGAAAAGUAGCAACGAAAAUGACACCUCGAACUUCUGUUCUCACAGUUGCUAUGUUAGAAGUCAUGUUGGACGUUAUGGAAAAAGCUACAGCCUUCGAUGCGAUUAUCACCCUCGACCAGGCCGAAAAACUUAUUCUCGAAAAGUUGCCCCAAUUUCUUCAUAUGUAUCCCGUAAGGGCUAAGGCUGGUGUUGUAACAAUACGACAUGUCAUCAAUGAUGUCUACCAGUAUUGGGUUUCGAAGCGGAGUAAGCUAAAGCGUCCAUUGCUUCGACGAUUUUGGCCCGUCACGUCGACGGAAGAUUCAAACCCUCAUUUGGUCUUUCGGCCGCGUGAAAAAGAGAAAUACAAGCUCCGGAAAAAACGACAAAACGACAUGGACGCAUAUCGUAAGCUUCAGCAAUUGAAACAAGAUUUUUCUCAKAUUCGGCUCUUGCUGGGGUUGAUUAAAAAACGAGAAGAACUCGCUCGAUCGCGCGUCUUGUUACAAAAGGAAUGGUUCGAGCAAAAGCUGUACGAUGCAAUCGAUACCAGUGGGCUUUGCAGAGUUUCGCAAGCACUGGACCGAAAUUCUUUAGACAAAUUGCUAGAGAUAGAAAAGCAAUUUGACAUAAACGAGGGCGGGAUUGGUAGAGGACGGAAGAAAUCACGCCGGUCAGCUGGUCAACAACAGGAUGGUUUAACUAGCGCUGCUGGAUCACGAAGCACAACUCCCGUCCCCAAUCCAACUUUUUCGUCGGGGACAAACAUGGACAUGGUAUCUAGGACAAAUCAAGAUCAGGGCCAUUCUAGUGGCGCUACCGUAACCGAUGGAGAUCCUUCUGGUUCYGAAACCAAGCAGCGAAAGCUACCAUUGAUCAUUGCGGGACAGAACAAUGGAGAGCCAGCUCCGUCCUUUUUGCAACCUCUUGCAUCRCGAGAAUCUUACGCUACAACAUGGGAAGGUUCGGUACCACACGUAGCUACCAUCGUUGAUGGUCAUGCCAUGAAUACAUCAUACUUUCGCCACCGCCCCAGGCUUGGGCGAGGAGGUCGUCUUUGCAUAGAUCGCGUUCCUUUACCAACUGAUCCAAACAUUGCACCCAGCACGUAUUUCAGGGCGGGUAGUAGGUCGACAAUAUCACGUAAACCAAAGGAACGCUUAUUGGAUUUAUUGCCGCCACCUAUCGAUAAGAGCAAGUURAGCCGUCGUAUCGAAGAAAUUUGCUUCGRUGCUCUCAAGGAAGACUAUGAUGCAAAUGCUGGCGGUUCAAGCAAAACUCAAGGAAAUGCUAUUGCGGAGGACGUAGAUAACAACGAUGGAGUGGAAGUGCUGGUAAAGAUGAAGGAUUGGUUAAACACGGAUGAUCAACCAUGGGGUGAGGAGCGCUACGCAAUUGGUCCAAUUUGAUAAAAAAAAAUUUAAGGAAAAC